AUGUCUUCUUCAAGAAUGCCCUUGUCUCCAAGAAAGGAGAGUUUGCUCAACUCGAGAACACCUUCUCCUGAGAAGUCAAACUCGAACAGCCCCACAGUGAAGACCAACCCAUUCAUGGCCCUGCUGGUCAGGUUGCCUAAGAUUGGCGUUGACUUGGCUCCCAAGAAACAGCCAUCUGCUCUUGGGUUCACUAUUUACGAAGAUACGCCUGAAGAUGUCAUGAAGUACCAAACCCUGUCACCAGACCACACUAAUGAAAACACAGAUGACAAGGAAAACAUCUUGCAGCCUAAGAAGAUGCCUUCUAAGCAGUCCUCAUACCAAAACAGAAGACCAUUGGGUAAUUUGAAUGUUGACGAUUUCCCAGGUUACAUUUCUGCUGCCGGUUCCAUCAGAAAGGGUCCAGUGAGACUCCGGGAGUUGUACCACUCUAGAACCUUCAACAACGAGUCCAAGACCUUGCACAAGUACAACAGAUUGCCCAGCUAUAUCACUCCACCAAGAAACCUGUUGCAUAAGAUCUUGUAUUGUGGAGGAACCGAAGAAGAUGACAUUGAGCGUAGACUCAAUCUCAAGCUGAGGGAGUUGGCUCGCAGAAGACGUCUGAUGUCUGUGGGCUUCAACAAGGGCAAGACCCAUUUAAUCACAAAGAAUCAGUUUAAGAUUUCGACGUGA